AUGCAUGACCCCUUCCUCCCCGCGCCCGCCUUCCUCUCCCGCGCUAUCCAACCCGUCGCAGACUACCUCUCCUUCACCACCCUCCCGCUCCACAUUCAUGAAGUGCUCCUCUCCGCGCUAGCCUACCAGCUCAUCAACACCUACGUCUCGCCCUUUCUCUCCUCGCGCCUCUUCCCCCGCACCUACCCCCACCUGAACGCGCGCACCAAGAUCAACUGGGACGUCCACGUCGUGAGCCUCUUCCAGAGCGUAUUCGUGUGCGCGCUCGCGCUAUGGACCAUGGCAGUGGAUGAGGAGCGGAAGGAUAUGAAUUGGAGGGGGCGCGUGUGGGGGUAUACGGGCGCGGGGGGGCUGCUGCAGGCGUGUGCGAGUGGGUAUUUUUUGUGGGAUCUGUUGAUCAGUACAUGGCACAUUGGGGUCUUUGGGCUGGGGCUGUGGGCGCAUGCUGUUAAUGCGCUGUUGGUUUAUUCGCUUGGAUUUCGCCCCUUCGUAAACCACUACGGCCCGAUCUUCAUCCUCUACGAGCUCUCCAGCCCCUUCCUCAACAUCCACUGGUUCUGCGACAAGCUCUCUCUCACGGGCUCAAAACUUCAACUCUACAACGGCAUCCUACUCAUGACCACUUUCUUCCUCUGCCGGCUUGUCUGGGGCUCCUACCAAUCCUUCCGCGUCUUCAGCGACAUCUUCACCGCGUACCAGCACGGGCAUUUUGAAGUCGGGUCCGGGCCGCUCGGGACGAUGAAGGAGGGGGCGAAGAGCGUCACUGCGGAGGACUUAGGAUCUUGGGGGGCGGGUUGGACGGGCGAAGGCGGCAGGAGCGAGAUGAUGCGCUUUGCGAAGGACCAACAUAUUCCGUAUUGGCUUCCGGCCGCCUACCUCGGCGCGAACGCGUUACUCAACGCGCUGAACUGGGUCUGGUUUGGCAAGAUGAUCGAGACGAUACGGAAGCGGUUUGAGCCGCCGUUCGGGACUAAGGGCGUUGAGGGUAGGGUUAGGGGCAGGAGGAGGAAGAGCAUUGAGGAGAAAAGGAACGAGAUGUUAGUUGAGGGGAUUGAUGUUGAUACCGAUAGCGGUGAUGGGAACGAGGAGGAGAGGGAGGUUGAGAUUAGUAGGGGUGUGAAUGGAACUGGGAGGAAGAGUAUCGAGGUUAAGGCGACGGAGGUGAGGAAGAGGAGGAAAGCGUAG